CUACUAUGUGGAAAAGGAGUCUAUUUGGUGAAGAAGAUGCACUCCUUGAACAAGACGAUUUCGAUGCCUUGUGUGCUGAAAGAAUACCAAAUGACUGAGACCAACAUGGUUUUUCUCUAAUGCCGAAUGUCCCAAAUACCCAGGUUGAUUUGAGCAUGUCUGUUGGUGAGGACCAGGACCAGAUCUUGAAGUCUAGUCCGCCACCUUCAAGUCAAGGAACAUCUUCCAAGGCAGCUCUGAUUGCCACUUGCGUGCUUGUGGAUGCAAUGGCUCCACUGUUGCAGGAGCAGGCUUCAAAGAGCUUCCCGGGAUCCUUGAUGGUGCUCGGAGAGACCUUGACAUACUUCUUUGGUGGGCUGUCCCUGGCAGUGAUGUGGGAAGGCUUGCAUGGCAUGCGUCGAUGCUUUCAGCCUUUGAGGUACUUGGCCUUUAUGCCUGCAUCAUUGGCCUACAGCUGGGCGGGCUUCAUGACCUACCCGGCUAUCAAAGGCUUCGGUGCCAGUCAGUUCUACCUCCUGGCACAGCUUAGAGUCGCCAUCAUUGCAGUCUUUAUGCGCUGGGCGAGCCGUGUUCGUCAACCAGCCACAGUUUGGAUAUCGUUGACCCAGCUGGUCUUGGGUAUGGUUGUCCUGGUUUGGUACAAGGCUGGCGCUGUGGCGGGAGAAGUCGGCUGCCACUUUUUGCCGGCUGCAGCUCUGCAAGCAGUACCUACAAGUGAAAGCGAAAGCAGUGAGGAUCAGGUGAGCUUCAUGCUCAGUUUUGCCGCCAUGGUGGGUGUCAUCGUCACUUCGGCCUUCGGGACGUUGUACCUGGAGCGGCAGCUCAAGGCCAGCUCCAAGGAUCCGCUCUUCGUGCAGUUGCAUCAGCUCAAUGCCGUCGGCUUGACAGGUGCCCUGCUUGUGGCCAUGCGGUCUUCUCAGAAGGAGCCCGAGCUGCGAGACCUCGACAGUGAUGUCCCGACUGCCGCUCCAGUCGAGGACCUGGAUCCUUCCAGCCCGUUCUUGCCGCUACGAGUUGCACUCAGCGUCUCCUGUGUGGUGGCUCGAGGUGCUCUGAAUGGGAGCGUGCUGAAAAAGUUGGAUGCACUGACCAAAGGAUUGAUCGAUGUGACGGCGAUUGUCUUGUGCACCGUGAUCCAGGUGUUGGCCCAGGGAAGACAGACAGACGUCACCGCCAUGGGUCUUCAGAUGAUGAUGUUGCUCUCAGUGCUCGGCUUCGUCUCCGCCCGGCAAGUGGCGCCUCCCAUCGUCGAUGAGCCGCCCUUGCUGCCUUUGCGGCAGAAGUCUCCCAGGGUGUGGCCUUGGGAGGAAGAAAGGCCAAUUCCAAAAGCCUUGUGAUUGAUGGACUCGCGUCUCCAUACUUUUGUUGUCUCAAGACAACUCUUCAUAGCUGAAAGAGCACCCAAAAUGGAGACCUUUGCCAUUCAAGGCCAACAAGCCCUCUGGCUGCAAAUUCCAUGGUGCUUCUGCAGAAUACAUCUCCUGAGAG